AUGUGUGAGCCCAGCGCUGACGAACGGUUGCGGAACAGCUUCUUCAAGACCCUCAUCGACAACCAGGUGACCGUCGAGCUCAAGAACGACAUCCAGAUCCGCGGCACCCUCAAGAGCGUCGACCAGUACCUCAACAUCAAGCUCGACGACAUCUCAGUCCUCGACGACCUGAAGUACCCUCACCUGAGUUCCGUCAAGAAUGUCUUCAUCCGAGGCUCUGUUGUGAGAUACGUGCACCUGCCGCACAACGCCGUGGACGUCACGCUGCUGGAGGACGCCACACGGAGAGAGGCUGCAAACCAGGCACAGAAGGCAAAAUGA